UCUUACACUGACUGCACAAGUUUGUACACAUACACUGUUCAACUGUGUGAUUACAAUUAGUCCCUUGUUCAUUAUUAUUUUUUUAUAGCUCCGCCUCCUUACAUAGCGCCAUGUUGUAGAAAGGACAAUAAAAGCUUCAUGACUUGAUUUGACAUACACCAAAAUAAUAGAUAAUGAUAGACGAUAGAAAAGUACAAUUGCUCAAGUGUUCUUCACCUCUAGUGCUAGUAAUCCAAGGUAAGACUAGAUGGUGUUAGAUACAUAAAUGGACUUGAAUUAACUUCACUCUGAUUAGGAUGGAUGCAGAUGACAUUGAACAUGUUAUUGAAGAAGAGCUGGAGAAGAUGAGUGUGAAUUUCUCUGAUCCGGGCUCUGACAGUGAGACAGACAUUGAGGAAGAUUUCAGUGCAUCUGAUGAAAAGUUAAAGAAUGAUCUUCCUGACUCAGUGCUCGUUUACUUUAAAGCUUCGAGUAACAGAGUGAAGACUUUUGAACAUCUCAUCCUUGAAGAUAUUGAUGAUCUUGAGAGCAUGUGCAAUGAGAUGUUCAGCCCAAGUCAGCAUGCUGAUCUUCUGAAUGAGCUAGCCUCUAAUUCCGAUGAGGAUCUAUUAAAGCUGAAGGAAAGAAUAAUGUCUGAAAUCGAAGAGGAACUAGAUCCCCCAUGUGAAACUCAUGAACUGAAUGGAGAUUAUGACACUGAAUACGACACACACAAGGAUUCUGAAAGACAGCUCAGGUUUGAAUGGAGACAGCUGGAGGAGCGACUGAGGCAGGAGGAGGAGGAGGAGGAGGAGGAGCGGAGACUAGCUGAGUUCGAGGCUGAGAGGGAACAGUGUCUGAAGUCAGAUAGUGAAGAGAAGGAGAAGAUGAGACAGAGAAGUGAGCAGUUUAACGAGGAACUGAGGAGGACCGAGGCCGCAAAUCAGGCUGUUGAAGAAGAUGGUGAAACAAGCCAAACUCUUCCAGUGGAAAUGGUCAAACAGCAGGAGCUGAUCAAGAGAUUAGAAGAACAGAUAGCAGAGGAGAGGCGAGUUUUUGAGGAAGUACAGCAGGAAGAACGAUGGAAAUCAGAGGCACGGUGCACUGCAGCAGCCACAAAGAUACAGGCAGCUUUCAGAGGGACACUGGUGCGUCGCUGGAACAACAAAGAGCUGAACAAGAGGAGAGAAGAGGAGAGGAGGAGACAGAAAGAGAGGAUAGAAAGGGAAAAGAGGAGAGAGAGAGAGGAAAGGAUGAAGAUGGAGUGGGAGAAGGAGAGAAGGAGGAUGGAGGAGGAGGAACAGCGUCACCGAGAUGAGGCAGAGAGGAGAAGAGCCGAGUACGAGAGAGCCAAGCUACAGGAGCACCAUCGCCUGGAGAGAGAGCGUAAGCUGGAGGAGCAGAGCAGAAAAGAAAAGGAAGAAGCCAAGAGGAUAGAGGAUGAAAGGAAAGUAAAGAGCAGGGAGAAGCCGAAAAGGAUGGAACAGAUGAGAGUAGAAGAGGAAAUGAGAAAAGUACAGGAGGAGAAAUUUAAAAAAGAUGAAAAUGCAAGAGCGAUUCAGGAAAAAAUAAAAAGUAAAGAUGAUGCGGAAUCACAGAAAGAGAUAGAAGAGAGGAGAGUGGAGGAUGAAAGGAGAAAAGUACAGGAGGACAAGGAAAACAAAAGUAAAGAAAGGGAAAAGGCACAAAGAACUGUGGAUGAACUAAAACAAAAAGAUGAUGAGGAAUUACCUGAAAUGACAGAGAUAAGGAAAAAAGUACAGGAGGAUGAAGAGAAGACAAAAAAAAAAGAAGUAAAAGAAGAUGAAAGGAAAAGAAAGGAUGAGAAGACACAGAAAGGGAUGGAAGAGAGGAGACUGGAGGAGGAGAGAAAAAGAAAAGAAGUAGAAGAAGCAAAGAAGAUUGAGGAUGAAAGAAAAAGAAAGGAGCAAGAGGAAGAGAAGCAGAAAAAUAUGGAAAUCGAGAGAGUGAAGGAGGAAAAGAGGAGAGUGGAGGAGGAGAGGAAAAGAAAAGAAGUAGAAAAAGCAAAGAAGCUUGAGGAUGAAAGGAAGAGAAAAGAGGAAGGAUAUCAUAAAAGUAUGGAAAUCAGGGGAGCGAAGGAGGAAAAGAGGAAAGUACAGGUGGAGGAGGAGAAGGAAAGAAAAGACGUGGAAGAAGCAAGGAGAACAGAGGAUGAAAGAAAAAGUAAGGAGGAAGAGAAACAGAAAAGUGUAGAUGUAUGGAGGGUGGUAGAGGAAAAGAAAAGAAAAGAUGUGGAAGAAGAAAAGAGAACCGAGGCUGAAACAGAAAACAAAGAGGAAGAGGAAAAACAGAAAAGGAUGAAAGAAAAAAGAGUGGUAGAAGAGAUUAGAUUAAAGCAAAAGCUAAAUGAACCUGAGCAAAUACAGGAAGAGCAAAGUAGGAAACUAAAGCAGAAGGACAGAGAAGGAGAAGAAAUAGUAAUAAAGAGAAAUGAUGAUGGACAGAAUACGGAGGAAGGAAAUAAAAAUGUAAUUAAGGACAAUGUAAAAGGACUUGCUGAGAGAAAAAACACAGAAGCUGACAAGGAGAGCGAGAAAACUACAAAAUGGGGAAAAGAUGAGAAAUGUGGUGAUAAUGAGUCAGUCAAUAUGUCCAAAAGUGUCUUGGCCAGGACUCUGUCCUCUAGAACUGGGCAAGAUGAGCAGCACAGCUGUUUUCUGGUAUCAGCUCUGUCUACUGAUAACAGCAGCAUAACAGUGAGUCCAUCUGAGGAGAAUAGCCUAACAGACACCAGAGAGCCACAGUGUGCUCUGGCUGACUCGAGCUCUGCAUGUCUGCCUGACAGCACUGAGCAGAAGCGAUUAGCCUGGAUGAUGAACUGCACUCCCUGGUCCAAGCUCUCCAUGCAGAACAAGAGAAAAGGGCUCGGUGCUCCACCCAGGAGGAGAGGACGCAGGAGAGCUUCAGGACAAAACCUGCUACCUUUACCUGUGGACAUUAUUCUCAAAUCUGGACCCUGGAGCUCUCUUAAGCAGGUGACGACAGUGACUCUGGAGGAUUUGUCCGGCUGUAGUCUCUCCACACUGUCUGAGUGUACCAGACUACAGGCACUGACCCUCAGGCGAUGUAGACUUCAAGCCCUGGAUGGACUUAAUCAGUGCACUGAACUUCAGCAUAUUGAUUUACAGGAAAACAAUAUCACAUAUGUUGACUGUGGAGGUCUGGCCAAACUUGAGGUCCUGCUGUUGGGAAGGAACCAACUUACGAGCAUCCAUGGUCUGGACGGUGCUGUGAACCUGACUGUGCUUCAGCUUUCCCACAACAUCAUCUCUCGCAUCAGUGGUCUGGGAUCUCUGAAAAGGCUUCACCGACUCACAGUUGAUCAUAAUCAGUUGAUCAGCACGAGAGGACUGGAUGACGCUUUCACGCUUUUGCAUCUGGAUUGCUCGUACAACCACCUCAGCCAUGUGGAAGGCCUGGAGAACUGUGCUUUGCUCAACACGCUGGACCUGAGAGGAAACAACCUGACAGAGAUGCCUGUGCUUAAGAACCAUGUCCUGUUGAGGGAGCUGUAUCUGGAUGAUAACAGCAUCUGCUCUCUGCAUGGCCUGGAUAGCUGCUGGCUGCCUCUGCUGUGCUGUCUGUCUGUGCCUCAAAACAGUAUCACCCAGCUUCCACUGCUAGUGGACUUGCUUUCGUUGAAGACACUUAAUGUUAGUCACAACUGUCUAUCAGAGCUGAGGAACAUUUGUAUGAGUCUUCAGGGAUGCACUCAUCUUCAGGAGCUUAGUAUAGCUGACAAUCCUGUACAGCAUGAGAAUAACUGGAGGUCUUCUGUUCUGGCAGUAAAUCCAAGUUUGAUAAAGCUGAACGGAGAGCAAACCGGCGCCUCAGGAAAACUCUCUGCAGACUCAACACAGCUGUGGAGCUUCCAGGCCCUCUGCCAGGCACACCAAGAUCAGAUUGACUCAGUACUACAGAGACACUGCAUGGAGAUCAGCUCAGCUCCAUCUGCACUGCAGGCUCAGCUCCUGGUCAGUAACCAAGCUGCUGAGCUGUUUCAGUUGGCAGAAGAGCAACGCUACGCUCAUGAGUAUGGGGACAGCGGUGUCCGUGAGACAGCCAUGCAAGAACCUUUGGCCUCUAGCCAUUUACAGGAAUUAUUCAACUGGGAUUUGACACAGGAGAAAAGUGAUCAGGAGAAAAUCCAAAAUCCAGCAGAGCACAAGACUCCGAGCUGGCAAGCACCACAUCUGCCUAAUUUUACCCACAAAUACCAGCCUCCAUCUGGUGACCAUAAUACUGGUUAUGCAGGUAGCUGUGUAAAUCCUACUGAGAAAUUCAGGGACACCCAAGCAAGUGAAGACAGAUACAGCAGAUAUGGUGUCCAGGCAUCCAGGAUGGACCUCAGAACAGUGGCAGUUAUGGUGAUCCAGCGGCACUGGCGUGAACACAGACAGAGGAGACGAACGAGCCAUUUAGGGCCACCUGCAAUAGUUCCUGCAAGAUUAAGUCCUCAAAGAGAAGUGAAAUCCUGCACAACCAGGCCUGAACGUCUUAAUAAAGACUACGCUGCCACGGUCAUUCAGGCUGUAUGGAGGGGCUACAUGCUACGGAAGAGGCUGACUCGUGCUCUCAUGCUCGCCCAGAUAUCGGAGGGAGAUGAGGCCUUUGAGGAGGUGGACAUGGAUGAAUUCAUUUUUGAUGAGGAAGCCAUGGAGAAGGACUGGAUUCCUCUGCAUCCUGACAUGUCGCCGUCCUCAGUGCUGCCGAAUUCAGAACAGCUCCAGCUGCCAAAGCCUCUGCGUCAUCUGCCCGAGCUUCAUAAGGGUGCAUGUGUGCAGCCAUGGAAGCCUAGACAGGCCUGGAUAAGCAGUGAUGAAGCACCAGUGAAAGAGCAGAGUCAGUCACCUGAUCCAAGCACCAGUAUGCACUCUCCAGCAUCAACACAAGGAAAAUGUUAUUUCUCAGAAAGAUCUGAGAAAAUUCUGGAAGAAUGGGGUAUUAGCAGUGGUUCCACUGCCCGUCUUAUGCUAAAAAGGGCUCAGAGGAUGAAGCCUCGAAAGCAGAAAAAUCAGAAAAAAUACUUGGCUGGCAGAGGAGAUGUGAGUGCUCAGGAGGCACUGAGAGCAGAGCCAGAGCAGACGUAUACGCACACACAGACACGCCACAGAACCUACCAGUGGCUCCAAACCCAAGCCGUGCCAAGCCGGAGAAGCUCUGCCCCCUCCGUGAGUGAUCAUUUCCUCCCGGAGAUUGACCCUGAAAUUCUGAACGGUGGAAGGGUUCAGCUUGUGGCUUCUACAGGCUACAGAGAGGCUCCAGAUUCAGCCGUGAGGAUUGACAGUGCUGGUUACUCUUCACCUCAGAACCACCAGGCUCACACUCGAACACACUCGGCUGGAUAUACAAAAAAAGAUGUGCCGUCUCCUCAAAGAGUCACCUUGGCUCCAUCUCGAAAGGAGAGAAUCUCGUUCCGAGACAAUCCAGUGCAGCUGAGUGGAGGCUGGGGAGGAGGCAAGAAGAGGUCUAAAGCAAACAAGUUCACAUAACCUUUCUACAAUAUGUAGACAGCUAGACAUGCCUUGUACAUUUAUUUACCCAUGUGGGUGUAUGCAUGUUCUGUGGAUGAUGAAUAUGUGUUUUUUAGUUUAAGCACUUAUGCUCUUUAAACCCUAAUAAGCCCUAAUAAGUCUUAUGAUACUCAGACGAUCUCCUCUGAAAUUCCCUGCAGCUUCUGUUUCACUAAAAUUCCGCUUUUUCCGCUGUAAAUUAAUUACAAGCAAUGGAUGAGGUAUAACCCAAAUAUCCGCAGGCAAUCCCAAGAUGUGUGUUGUUCUCAAAUAUCAGUGACCAUGGAAAACUGUGGAAUGUGUGGAAACCAUUUUUGAAUGACAUGCUUAAUAUGCAAACAAAAGCAGCCAAUAGGAAACAGUACAUUGUUCUUCUAAGCCACUUGGGCUGUAUUGCUUUAUUUAUACAUUAUUUAUACUGUUGAGAUAUUAAAAAAUUAAAAAUCAGUUAAAAAUGGUUGUAGUUGAAAUCCCUGAAGUACAUUUAUUUUUUGAUGAAAGCUGAAAGCCAAUAAAAAAACUUUUGCACAAAUCCAAUAAGUCAUUACAGAAAAUAAAUCACUCUGGAGUGAAUCACUCUUUUUGACAUUUUGUCAGACAUUUAUGAUCAAACGUAUGCCUUACCAAGUCUUGCAUUUAGCCUUUUAUUUUAUUUAUUUCACAGUCAAAAAUCAGUGACUGACUGAACACAGUGGUUCAAGCAGGCACUGUCUGGACAGCAGCCCAAACCUGAUAAGAUAAUUCAUAUAAAAACAAAUAGCCUGUAGUAGAGAAGUGGGGUGCCGCAUUAGUGCACAGCAUGUAGGAUAUUUAUGUUCUUCCCUUCACUUUCAUGUGCUUUACUUAUGUUUUGGCUUUUUGGUCAAAUACAGUUUUGGCUAUGUGUCAGAUUCCUGCACACAGUGUGCUAAAACAACUGGCCACCUAUUACACUUCCACCUCCAGUACAGGAGAAGACUUAUGUACUGAUGUAUAGUGCUUUAUACACAUCAGCACUUUUAAAACUACAUUAAGGCAAGUCAUAGCUGGGUACUUCUGUUCUUUGCUCAAAUUAACAAUUAUUGGUAAAUAUGCCCCAUGAAGACUAAUUGCUUUUGAUAGUCGACUUCUUUCUUCAUGUUCUAAAAAUGAAGAAUGCUGGAAAUUCAUUUGGGUUUACUAAAGUGAGAUUGCUAUCUUUGUAUGGCUCUGAAAGUUCAUGACAGCACAGCCUUUGAGGUGAACAGUAUACAUUUCCAUUUGCCCUCAUGAAAAAACCCCAUUAUAUAAGAUUGGCAGUCUAGGCUAACCCCUGUCACUGCAGAAUGAGUCACAUUACUUGCUGUCCAAGGCCAGCACGAGGGCCAAAACCAAGAGAUCUAAUCCUUACAAUUACUGCAGACAGCACAGGGUGUACAGGUUUAAAGAAGAUGCUUUAAAGUAAUAAAAUCCUCUCUAGUUUUGUUUUGCUUUAUAAUAGCUUACAUUCAUAUUUCAUUAUCCAGAAACACAUUACAGGAGAAAUAAAACUGUAAAAGAUAAAGUUUUCUUCUUUUGUCGUAGAUGAGGUUUAUUAACAGGAAGUGUGUUGCUAGGGACUUUGCAGGAACUUAACACAUGUCUCAAUGCAUGCGUUUGUGGCCGGCCCUGUAUGUGCAGCUGCUCUGUAUAGUUUAUUAUUGUUUUAAUUAGACCUUCUUAAGCGACUGGAAGAGUGUGUAUACAAACCCUAGUGAUACAAUUACAGAGAUCCCCAGCUUAUCCAGCAUUAGAGUACAAACCACUGUU